UUUGUCAGGGGACGCAGUAUCAUGGAAAAAUUGGGUGAAAGGCAAAAAGAUGGGGAUAGAAGAAACUAAAAGGGAAAAAAAAAAUGGUAGGUGCAUUGACUUCAAAAGUUCAAAGUUAGUGUGCGAAGCAAUUUGAUUCGAUUGACCACAGUCAGAAGACUUUGAUUCUUCCUUCUCCCAUGGAAAACUCGGGAACCCGCUUUCCGGUUUCCCACAAACAGGCCUCAAUGGAAAUUAAGGGAAUCAAAACGGAUAUUGUCAUUUGUCGCCACGACGAUCAUUUUCUUGUUAUUGCAACUCAAAUUGGAGCAAUGGGGACUAUGUUGCAAGCCAGGAAGGAAGAGGGGAUGGCAAUUCAUUCAACCUUCUCAGUGUCAACCAUUUUUGGCAAAAGAGAUGAGCCGAUGCUGGUCGCAUGUGCACGUCAGUUGAUUGAACAAAUCAGUUUAUCAGGUUCAUACAAACCAUUAUUAAUCUCUCUUGGCCUUAAAGAUCACUCUGUGGAGACAAUGAGAGGCAUUGUUACUGCUGUGUCUGAGAAUAGACUUUGGUAAUAUUCGACUUUUGCUGCUUGAACCCUCAUUUUGUUCACAUUUUAUAUUCCUACUUUUGUAACAUAUUUUUUGGUGGGUGGGUGGUUUUGAAGAUUUUAUUGGUAAAUUAUAGAUUUGUUGUCUUGAAGAUGAUAGACAAGGAUGAGACUUCAAUGGUAGACUGUGCGAGUUAUCUGAAAAUUCCAAAAUCUAAUCUUUUAAGAUGGUUUAUAA